GGUCUAAAAUAGACUGAAUCCCAGUGUGAACAUACAUUUGCAUGUCUUCCUGGUCUCAGCUCAGUGGGUGGGAGGGGAAGUGUUUCUGUAUUCCUUUAGCACACACACCCUCAUACAAUUCAUUUUUUUUAAACCUCACAGAUUAUUUUUUGCAUUUGCUAGACCAUCUUAUAAGACCUAGGCUCACAAAACUCUGGCAUCCUUUGGAUUAACUAAACCCAUGGUUCCCCAAGAUGGGGAGCGGGAGGGAGCCUCGAGGCAGCCCAGACUCCGAACUGCAAACCUCUCUUUCCAGAACUCCAUUGCCACACCUUGGCAUACACCAAAUGUUGACAAAGAAGGCUGUUCCCAUACAAGGGCCAAUUUUAGAGCAAGCGCCCCAUGGUUGCAAAACUGUAAAACCCUCAACCCCAAAGCUGUGUGUAGUGCUUUGUGUGUGACAGAGCUGGGGCAGAGCUCUCUGAUGCACUCAGGAAAACCAUUCCCUUUGCUCGUGGUAGGCAGCCCCUGGUGGUUGCUCUGCCUUGCCAAGUGUUGUGUGUCCAAGGUGUGGUCAUGUUUCGCAUUUGCUGCAAAACACCCUCCCACCCUUGCAGAGAAAGAGUCUUUUGUGCAGCACCCUUUAAAAGGUGACUCGUCCCACUUGGAUUCUCUCUCCUGGUGCAGUGUUGCAGGCGGGUUAAUUAGAGCAUCGCCAUGAAGUUCAUCCCAUGCCUCCUGCUGGUGACCUUGUCCUGCCUGGGGACUUUGGGUGAGGCCCCAAGGCAAAAGCAAGGAAUCACUGGGGAGGAAUUCCAUUUCCAAACUGGAGGGAGAGAUUCCUGCAUUAUGCGCCCCAGCAGCUUGGGGCAAGGUGCCAGGGAAGUCUGGCUUCGCAUAGACUGCCACAACACAGAUCAGACGUACUGGUGUGAGUACAGGGGGCAGCCCAGCGUGUGCCAGGCUUUCGCUACUGACCCCAAACCUUAUUGGAACCAAGCCCUGCAGGAGCUGAGGCGCCUUCACCAUGCAUGCCAGGGGGCCCCGGUGCUGAGGCCAUCCGUGUGCAGGAAGGCUGGGCCCCAGGCCCACAUGCAGCAGGUGACUUCCAGCCUCAAGGGCAGCCCAGUGCCCAACCAGCACCCCGAGGCUGGGACACCAUCUCUGAGUCCCAAGGCCUCAGUGAAACCCACAGAAGCAAGACAGCUGGGAAAGGACUCGAUGGAAGAGCUUGGAAAAGCCAAACCCACCACCCAACUCACAGCCAAAGCUACCCAGCCUGCACCCAGGCCCGGAGGGAAUGAGGAAGCAAAGAAGCAGCCCUGGGAACACUGUUGGAAACCCUUCCAGGCCCUGUGCGCCUUUCUCAUCAGCUUCUUCCGAGGGUGACAGGUGAAAGACCCCUACAGAGCUGACUUCUCCCUGACAGAGAACAACCUCUUUUUAUAUUAUGCUGCUUUCAGUCCAACGUUUUCACACUGGAUGAAGGGAGUUUCUAAUCAGAUGCACCUGCGCAAAUUCUUGAUCUGCAGCAUCUCUGAAGUUUGGAAAAGAAAACUUCCUUUCUGGAAGGAGCUGACAGGCCCAAGGGUGACAAACAUACACAUCUACAUUCUAGCUGUAGAAGCUUUGCUUUGUUGAUUAGAGCCUUCUAUGAAAGUUUAAAUAUGUACCACAUUCAUGAAUUUCCAGUUCAGCCUUCUAAGCAAGAAGUGAAUUUGUCACAUUUCAUUGCAUGGCAGCAUGGACUUGUAGUUAGAGAAAGUACAGUGAAUAGCAGCUAUGUGUGUGCAAAAUAAAGGAAUGAUUUCAGAAAUAUUACCUUAAUCUUCUUAACAAACUCGACACCUAGAUGCUAUAGAGAUCAUGAAUAUCCAUUAAGUCACUGUUAUUUUCUUCAGGCUGCCAUCAUGCAUUACACAGACUAGGUGGCUUAAAGCAACAGAAAUGUGUUAUCUCACUGUUAUGGAGGUAAGAAGUGCCUCAAGGUGUUGCCAAAGUUAGUUUCUCCUGGAGGGCUUGA